CAAUGGAUGAGAGUCAAACCGCAACCCGUUCGCUCCGUGUGUCUGCAGAGGAGCCAGUACUACGCGAGGCCAGCAGUCUUCCCAGCAGUGGAAGGUAGGAUGGUGCCUGAAAUCAUCUGAUGUCAGCCGCGAGGACCCCCUUCGGUUCAGAGACAGAAGCGACUCGAAUCCCGCGGCGGAACUAAAAGGCAGACAGACCAACACAACGUGUCGGAGAUAUGAACAAAGCGCACGGACCAUGUCGCCCCACCGCCGCCUCGCUAAAGUUCACCAUCGACAGCAUCCUGAACUUGAACACCAAGGCAAAGAAUGAGUCCUACUCGGACAGGACGCAGGGGGACAAGGGCACGUGGGUUAUGCGUAAAGACGCUUUCAAAAGUCACUGUGAAGAGGACAAGGAAGUUCAACGGAGGCACGACUCGGUCACGGGACGCCACGAACGAGGCGCGCUCACCGACAGCGUAGCGUCGCCGGAAAGCACCGAAAUCCACCGUGAAGAGCCGAAGAAGGCGACCGACGGGCGCUUCGACAGCGGCGGGGACAGCAGCUGCGACGACAGCUGCUCCACCACCACCACUUUCCUCCAGAAGGACGGCAGCAGCUCAAACAAGGACGGCAAGAUCAUCACCAAGAAGAAGACGCGCACCAUCUUCUCCAAGAGACAGAUCUUCCAGUUGGAGUCUACCUUUGACAUGAAACGCUAUCUGAGCAGCGCUGAGCGAGCCUGCCUCGCCAGCUCCCUCCAGCUCACAGAAACUCAGGUCAAGAUCUGGUUCCAGAACCGCAGGAAUAAGUUGAAACGUCAGAUAUCCACCGACAUGGAGGGGGGGUCUUGCGCUGAUUUUUCUGACAACAAAGCCAUGGUGGUGGGGCAGCUGCCGGCCUUGUACAAAGAGACCAACCUCCUUGGGAGAUGCUUGCUGCCCGUGCCUCUGCCAAUCGUGUACCCCGGGAGCAGCGCGCCUUAUCUCUGCUUCUCCAACGCUAGCAAGUACUUCAGUCUCUACGACGGCGACUUAUGAUCCAUGGGACCCCCGGCGCGUCUCCUUGGGGACGGGGACAUGGAUGGAGGUCUGUGGACGAGCUUCAAAACAUUCACGUUUCCAUUGCGACUGUUCUGCGCUUUUUCUGCUGUUCAAACGAAGAUUCACGCGGAAAGAGACGGCUGAAGUAGGCUGUGCUUAAACAGGCGUACGGAGAGGGCAUUCGGCACUAUUUAUUUUUGAAACCAAGCAGGAUUUGAAAGAGGACUGCAGCUUUGCAGCGAAACCUGACCUCCGUUUUACGCGCCCUGCGGUCAGUGGGAAGAUAUGAAACUGGGCAGAAAUAAAUUGUUUACGAAAUAUUUCUAUAAAUUGUUAUUAGUGUUGUUUUUAAGAAUACUAUUGAUAAGGACAUUUACAGUUGUAUAAGUCACCAAAGAAACUAUAGCAAUUUGCAUGUUUUUUGCUGUAACAUAACUUUUUUAAAUAAAUUAAAUUACUGUUGUAUUUAAAUGAUUGUAAUUACCAAUUUAUUUUUGAUGUUUCCAGCAUGUUGUUAUUUUAUUUAGCAAAACACCCGUUCUUGUUUUAUGCCAAGCUGUGCCAAUAGGCCUAUUCAACCAAUUUCCAGAACAAAUAUUAAUUACAUCAUAAUUCAAGAAGUAUUAUUCAAAUAUUAUGCAAUUUAUUCAACAUUUUGGGAGUUGAAUGUGAAUAUGUGGGGAACAUUCGAACAGAUCCGUGAUAUUAAAUGACAGAUUUGUGGGCCUGCAGUAGACUUUACUGUUCAGCCAACCUGACAUUUAAAAUUCUCACUUUUGUCUUGCGUUUAAUAAAACAUUUUGAUGAUGAUGAAAAGGAGAGUCAGAAGCUGCAAUGAGCAUACAUAUAUUUAUAUAUAUAUAUUUAUAAGUUGUGUACUGCUAAAAUUGUUCGUGAAAUUAUCCUAAAUGGCAUAUUAGGCCCUCACCUGCUAAAAGGACAAGCUGUCUCGUCAAUUUUAUUCACAUAAAAAACAGCAAUUUAAUUAUAGUCUACUUUGUUCACUGGCUUGUGUGCUGAUGCUUUUCAAUGACGUUGUAAUGAAAAACAAACUGAACACAUUCUAAAACGGUGCACUGUUUUGAGGCACCAUUUUUGACUGAACCUCUUGAAAAUAUAGCUGUCAAAACAUAUUCAUAUGACAUGAUGCCGUCAGGCCAGUCUUAGAAACAGCUAGAACUGUGUGUGUGUGUGUGUGUGUGUGUGUGUGUG